AUGGAGCCAGAGCCCACAGAAGUUUUACGAGCCGCUUCUAGCGAGGUUUCCACGUCCUCCACGAAGCAGCGGAUUCAGAUCUUCAGUCAUACGCUGCCGGCCGCCUUGCGGAAUGCUGGUAACAUCCUGCGCUCCCUCUCGGGUUGACAUCGCCUCAGCAUAUCUGUCUCCAUCCUAGUGGUGCUCUGGUCGUUUCAGAUUUAUGUUCUUUAUCUUGGCAUUUACGGGCGAGUACUGGAGAUUUAUUGAAGGAAAAUUCACGAGUCGGGAUGAUUUUUUUUAGUUAUCUGGUCUCGUAGAUUCAGUAUGGACGAGCGAAUGGGGAAACAAUGCGCCUAUAUUCUUGGUCUCCACGGGGCGCAUGCUCAUGGCCACAAAUUUCUGUUGCUCUCAUGUAGUUGUCGAAGUAUCACAACUCAUUUCACGUUGGUACUGGAUUUUGUUGUUCCAUGAUAACACGGACGGCCUUUUGCGUUAUAUUCACACCCAUAAAAUGCCGCGAGUUCGAUGUCAAUGGCUCUAUAUCUUCUCGACAAUUCCCUCGUACAUCUCGAUUGGUCAGCUGAUUAAGCACAAACUCCUGUCAAUGGUUCUCUCCUGAGGAAGAUAAUAUUUUAAUUGCUUUUAUCCGUUUAUUUUAUCUACUCCACAAUAAGGAAUUCGGCCAGGCAGUAAUCAGUUACGAGUAAGGUACCUAAUGCAAUAAGACAUCCCUACUUCGUAGAAAUGAAAGGUUAUUGCUUCCUAGGAUUUCAAUGCGGAUAUCUUGGAAAUUCUGCAUUCUCAACAUCCUCAUAUGAUUUCAACGAACUCAAUUCUUGCUUCUGUACGCCCAUACCUAUAUAGCAGUUUCAGAGAAGUUAACUCAGAUCGUUCACGAAUACCUGACAGCUAUCUGAUCGGAAAUUAACCAUUGUUACCGGUCCCAUGUGAUUCAAAUGAACUCAGUCAUCCUUUUUGAACUCGUACAGCUGCAAAACAGUUUCAGAGAAGUUCAUCUUCAAACCAUUUGCAGAUUAUAGGUCCAUCACACACACCCUUGAAUUCUGACAAUGUUAAUUUUUAUGUCAGACUUAGUAUGUUUACGUAUGUUUUAUCAUUGAGUAUGGUAGACGAUUUUUCCCAGAUCGAAAUGGAGUUUUUUUGUCCGUUUUGCGCAUCUGACUGAAAUCGCCUUUCCUCUUUCACCCCCGUUCCCUUAUUCUUCAAUGCUUAGUUUGGCUUGUGGCGUUUGAAUUGGCAGCUAGCAUUUUCCUUUCGUGGUUAGGCUAUUUGGCUUGGGUAAGGCUGUAAGCGUACAAGGAUAUCGUCCAUAAUAGGACCACAAGCUCUCAUUCCCAGAACCGGUUGCUCCUCACAAAUUGGAUGCUUCAAGUAUUCUUAAAUCAUCCAGUGAGAACCACUGUCGAUGUUGCAACUCCUGUCUUCUUAUUUAAUUCCUGUGUAAGCAUCAAGUGAACUUCUGACUUUGUCAGCAGUCAGUAGUCAGCAGUCAGUAUCAAUCAGGGCGUAAUGUGCGGCUAUCUUUUCAAUAAUAUAUCUUAAAACGUUAGGCAUCUCACUAACUUGUGAUUGGAAACCAAUAUGAACUUGUGUUGUUGUUGCAGAAUGUAUGUUUCCCUCUUAGAAUCCAUCCUGUUUCGAUUUUGUUCUGUACUGGAAAAAUUAGGCCAUGAUGUCUGUUUGCAACUCAUGCCAUACUUAAUGAAUCUUAGUCAUGGACCAACCCCUAUCAAACUUUUAGUUCUAUACAAUCCAACUCUCUUUUUUCUGAGUUAUAAAUGUUGUUGGGCCAGAUCGACCAAUACCGUGGGGAUCAUGUUUAUAUCCCCACAGUAUGUCCUGCAUAAGAGUUAACAAACCAUAAUAGUCACUCCGGUUAAAUCGCUGCACAUUAUUAAUUUUGAAUAAUCUUAAUAGUUUAAUUGCUUUGGACAUUGUGUGUGGUUUUAGACAUUUGGCUCUCUAGUGAACACAUCUUGUACUAGGAAGUUCCACUCUUGCCUUAUCUGAAUAGGUUAUUAUCUUCUGUUAAUCCCUCAAAUCUCUCUUCGUAUUUUUCUACCCAGAAAAUGUGUCAGGGUUUGUAGAAUGGUUUGAUUCCAUUCCUGAGGAGCCAACUUGUCUGUCUUAGUGAAAUCGCAAGAAUUAGUAGUGUAUCGGAGACUGUGGUCAUCUGAAUCACAGAUUAGGGCGAUGCUCAAGUGUGCCGAUUGUUGAUUUUAUCACUUGAGUGAAGUCAAAUGUUGUGUGUAUGGAAAAUCCUACUUUAUUUUUCUCGGCUGUACAUGGUUUCGGUCCCUGCUGUCCAAUGCCAUAACUACAAGUAAAUCCUCACUUCAAGAAGAUACCUUCCAAUAUUUUCGAAAAAAAAUUCCCAUGAAGAACCCACCCUAUGUAGUUCUUUAGUGAUUUAGAAUCACGAUCUGGGCUAUUGCACUGUCAGUUUAGUCUGUUUCUAUGUCGUGGGUUGAUGGAUCAAACCCUGGAUUUUGUGAAUGGAUGAUAAUUUUACUGCUGAAAUUUGUAUCCAUGAAUUUCCAAUACUUGACUCAUGAUUCGUAUUUGUUUCACUGGUUCCCUACUAUUGGCUAAUGUGGAGACGAAUCUUUACCUAUUGAUGCGAAAGUUCAGGUAUCUAUGUCUGGCAUCAUUUAUUCAUUUGCUCUGUCUUUGCAGAAGUGUCAGCCGAUUUUGCUUCAUUACUGGUUGAUAUCAUUUUCAAGACAAUGCCGAUUUACGAUGAUAGACAAUCAAUCAAUGUUGUGGACAGUCUGAUUGUCGAGGUUCUUGUUGAAUCUCCCUUUAUGAAGAGCUUUGCAGCUGUUCUUGUUUUGUCGAUGGAAAAACAAGUAAAAACUUAUACUCCGGUUGGCAGCUAUAAGCUUCUCAAGUGGUCCUGCCUACUUUUAAGAUGCAGCCAAUUUACUUCAGCAUCGAAAAAUGCUUUCUCAAGGCUUGCAACGGCACAGGCAUCCUUACUUCAGUUACUUUUACAAGGUUCUUUCCGUUUGCGUAGGGCUUGCAAGAAGUUACUAUUUGAUCUUUUCUCUAAGGUUAUUCCCAAUUCUAUUAGUUUUACAUUCCAUAUCUACAGUGCCUAUUGGAGGCCAAUUCUGUUUGGCUGUUACUUCCGUUUUUGUUGCCUGUGAAUUAUCUUCUUAAAUGCUUUUUGUAUGGUUGUUCUGGUCAGUCUCCAAAUAUUUACAAAAUGUACAUUGAGGAGAUAAAGGAUUCAAGAAUCUCGUACAAAGAUGGUGCAGGAUUGAUACAGAUUGUUCUCGAGUUUUCAACUAUGGCUGCUUCUUUCUUUGAGCAGUACAAGGUCAUUCCUAGCUACUAUAUUUCAGUUGAACCUCCCCUAUGGGUCGUCUGUUCAGGGUUUAUUCUUUUAUUUUGUACUGAUCACUUUUUCCUUUUGCAGCAAAUGUUUCUUGAAGUGUAUCUGAAAGCAGUUUUGAAUGCGAAGGAGAAGCCAUCACAGCUUCUUAUCAAUGCAUUUCAUCCUCUUUUCGAGCAUUUGGUGCAAGAGGACUUUAAAGAAGUCAUUUUACCUACAUCUUUGAAGAUGCUUAAGAGGAAUCCUGAGUUGGUGUUGGAGUCAGUUGUAGAUGUAGUCGGGACAACUAACCUUGAUUUAAGUAAAUAUGCCAUGGAGCUGCUUUCUGUUGUUUUACCACAAGUUCGCCAUGCUGAUGAAAAAAGGAGGUCUUGGGCAUUGACUGUUGUCGGGUGUUUAGCUCAGAAGUCUAGUGACCCAGAUAUUUUACCUUCCAUGUUCAAUACCAUCAAGGCUGUGAUUGGAGGUCGAUCUUUGCCUCCUUUUCCCGUAACAUCUGGAUUUUUAUAUUCGCUUUCAUUUUCAGGCUCUUUUAAAAUAUUGAAUUAAAAACAUAUUUCCUGCAAACAGGUUCUGAGGGGAAAUUAGCACUUCCUUACCAGAGAGUUGGAAUGUUUAAUUCAAUUCAAGAACUGUCGAAAGUGGCAAGUGUGAAACAGUUGAAUAGCUUGGCUUCCUCUAUAUCUGCCUUCCUGCUAUACUACUACAAAGACGAAGGUAAAAACAUUUAUGAUUCAAUUAUCAUUCUCUGACAUAAAAUCGUUUAGUGUAAAAGAUGCUAUUGUGAUUAUUUCAGGGAAUGAAGAGGUGAAAUUGAUCAUCUUAUCUGCAUUGGCCUCAUGGGCUGCGAAAGCUGCUGAGACUGUUCAACCAGAUGUUGUCUUAUUAUUUGCAGCAGGCUUGAAAGAAAAAGAAGCACUGAGAAGGGGGCAUUUACGGUGUUUACGCAUUGUAUGCAAGAACCCAGAUAUAUUGCCUCGAGUGAGGAGCUACAUUUAAUAAUCCCUUUUGGUAUCAUUAGGACUUUCCUUUUCCAAUUUGUUUCAGUAAGCAUAACUUCUCACGACUGAUUAUUCUUCAGUUGUCAAAUCUACUGGAGCUUCUUGUUCAGCUGGUAAAAACUGGUUUCACAAAAGUAGCGCAAAGAUUGGAUGGAAUUUAUGCGCUUUUUUCUUUGGCGAGGAUUUUCUCUAUGGAUGUCAGAGCAGGUAAACAUUUGAUUCAUGCUUUUAAUCACAUUUAUUUUCGUCCCUUGACAUGUGAUUCAUAUUGCCUGAUCUCCUUAAUCAGUUUGAAACUUCUCUUUCUCCGGCAGAGGAGCUUAUGAUGAAGGAAAAAAUCUGGUCGUUGAUAUCUCAAAAUGAAUCUCCAUUAUUGUCUCUUCCUAUGGUACGUGUCCACUGCUACCUUCUUAUAGUUUAACUAGGACAGUUCUUAUGGAAAUUCCAUCAAUCGGCCUACAGGUGUGGAGCUUUGCAUGAAAACUAGUAAGCGUCGGGAUUAGAUUUAGUCACUUUAUUGCCUCAUGAGAUCACUUGUAAAACAUAUGCAGGCCACGUUAGGCCACUUUACAAGUUUGAUUACUAAUAUAUAGUAUUGAUUAACUUAUUCUCUCAUCCUGCAGUUUAAGACGGUCAUUUUAAAGUUUCAUGAAUUUUUGUAAAUAAGAUUCUCUGUUGCCGUCAUACAUUAUGACAAGAGAAUGUCAACUUAUCCUGCACAUGAAAUCAUUUAACUUGUGAUACAUUAUGAUAAAAGGUAUCUACUUUAUAUUAAAAAAUUUAAUCCUCAGAAAUUAGACGGGAUAUAAUGUGCAUUGUUAACAAAAUAUCUAAUUUAUCUUAUAAGUUGAAGUUCCGAACGAGCUAGACAAGUGAUAAAAAAUGAUGCAGUACACUGUAAUAACGAAACAUCUAAUUUGUUGAUUAUCAUGUCUCUUUACAAAAAAUAAUUCCCGAUAGACUAUUUUAGUGCUGCAGUUAGUAAUGACCUGACAAUGUAUGAGCGAAAAGACAUGAUUGAAGGACGAGAAACGUUAAGUUUCAGAUUUCACUGGUUCAACGUGGGUUCUUUGUUAACCUUUCUCCUUCCUGAGGAUCUUUUACAAUGAGUGUAUUUCUUGAAGUAGUGAAGGUCAAAUAUUUUUGUCUGUGGAGUUGCCGUUUGCAAACUAAUGUCUCUGUCGUACUAUAAAACUCUAGCAACCAGAUGAUGAUCCAGGACACUUAUCAGAUGUGUAACUUAAAACCCCAUGCACAUGUUUCGGCUUACGGUAUUCGUGGUGGGUGAUUCUGUUUAUCCUACUAAGAAUACUGAUGGUUCAUAAUACGAAUUCCAGUUUCUCUAGUUUGUAUCUGUGGAUAUAGGAAACAUGGAUAAGACUCUAGUUUGUAUCCAUAUAUUUCUAUUUGUACCACUAGAAUGUGGUUCUCUGUUGAAGGUAUUUUGAAGUAGCUUGAGAUUGCUUAGUUCUUACUCAUUUGCAUUUUUCUCGUUUGGUGGUCUUGUAUCUAUUUUUUUCAGGCAAUGAAACUUGGGAAUGAAGAUUGUGUUGCAUGCGUGGAUCUUCUUGAGAUUCUGCUUGUUGAUCAUACACAUAGGUGUGCAUAAUGCCUUUUGUGCUUACGUAGGAGGCCUAGCUCUUAAGUCUUUGUUGAAUAUCAACUCUUUAAUGAUUACAUGUUGAUCUGCCACUCAGUCAAUCACUGUCUUCUGCAGAUUGGAUGCUUCAUCGGUCAAAUCAAUGUUACAGGUUAUUUUUCAAUUUUUAUGGGUUUAAGAGGAAUAUUUCCUUCUGAGAGUUACUUACACAUACUUUUUUUGUACAGAUAAUACUAUAUGUGAUUUGUCACCCGAGUUGGGAGGUUCGCAGGGUAGCUUACGAUGCAGCAUCAAGAAUCAUUUCGGGCUCUUCAUCUUCGACAGAACUUUUAUUAACAGAAUUUUUGGAUUUGCUUUCGGUGGUUGGGGAAGAGACCUUUACUCUAAAAGUCAGGUGUGUAUCAGCUACAAAAAAGUGUGGAAAUCUAGUUAUGUACACAGGUCACUGCUUUGCGGUGUGACUGCAUUGAUGUGUCCAUGUUGGAAAUUGCCUCAUUACUUUUUUGUUUUAAUGUUACCCUUAGAAUGUAAAACAAUGAUGUACACGUAUGGCAACUAAGUGCUUCCUUCUUUCUCCCAAAUAAAUGAAGCACUGAUUGAUUUUGGUGCAGUAGAUAUGUGCUUAUUUGUAUGUUUUUGCACUCACUCCUUGUCCUUUUCGGGAGUGUUCUGAGAUUUUUUGAUGCCCAACAAAUGCAACGGUCUAUGUGCACGCACAGUAACAUCAAGUUUUGAAUUGAAGUAUAUGUACGAAUAGUCAUGUGAGAUCCUCGAUUGUAACUGUGUAUGACGAACAUUGGUACAUGUGAGGCACAAUAUUUCUGCUUUUGUAUUCUGUUUUAAUCUUUCAGUCAUAUAUUGUCUUGGUUUUUUACUCAUUAUAUUGGUUCAUAUCUUUUAAUUUCUAUGUAGUUUAGUGUAGAAGCAUGCCGAUCUGUAGAUAUGAUGGUGUCAUGGUAGAUUGAGGGCUGGGGGCAGAGGGAGGUUUGGGAAGUUAAUCUGGAACCAUAAGCUGGGCCCUUGGUUUGUAAAAUAGAAAGCAUGCUCUACGGGAAGUGCCUAUUUUAAUUCGCAUUUAAAGUAAAAAAGUAAGGCCCAUGCUCUAUUUCCCUUCGUACUGAGUACCCUGAAGAUGAUUUAAUGUAAGUGUUUAAAGGGCACGUGCCCCACAUUCUUUGACAGUAAUCUGAAGCAUUCAUGGGUAAUUGUACUUGUAUAUGAAUCUGUUCUUUGUGGGCGUUGUGCAGAUAAUAUAUCUAUGCAUAAGAUAUGGAUAAAUAUAUCGUGACUGUUGUAAAGUAGGUUUUUUAAUCUUCUUUCUUCGUGGUGUGCCUUGUAUUUCGUUUAGCCUAUGAUGUGGUACUAUACUUGGGCUUGGAGACUGUAUUCCAUUUUUGUUGUUUUAGUGAACUUUUCUGGGAAUAUAAGACUUUUUGCGAAUUUUAAGUUUGGUUUUGUUGCCUUAUAUGAAUGUAAGACUUUCUGUUAGUAGAGAACUGCAUAGAUACCAGUGUAGACACUGUAUAUGUUCGUUUACGUGCAAAGUCAUUGAUUUUUAUUAUCAAUUAGCAUGUUAGAAAUAUUGCAUUGACUUCAGUCUAUAAACGUAAAUUGGGUUUUCCAGUGAUGCAGAAUAUCCUGUGGAUGCUCAAGUUCCGUUUCUUCCUCCCACUGUACUGUUAGUGAAAAGUAUGCUUCUGAUUGCACCAGCUGCUCUUUCCUGUGGCCCAUGGAAUUGUGCGAAGCUUAUUUUCUGCUCUCACCAUCCUUGCAUUAGUUUUAAUGGUCGAAGAGAUGCUGUAUGGAAGGUAAUUUUGUUCACAAUCAUCUGAAAGUGCUUUAUCCUGUUAUUUUUAUCAAUUUUUUACGUCCUUAUUUAUCACGGCGUAGAGGAUCAACUUUGAGCACCUUCAACUACAAUAUGGUGAUAAUUACUAUUUAUCAGGGUUACUUAAAUGCUACCUUCGCUUGUGCUGCUUGUUUCGUUGCCUUGCAUCUUUAGUAAAAGGGAGAUUUAAGAAUUCAGCCCACUUUAAUGCUGGACCAGGAAAGCCAAGUUAGUUAUAAAGUGGAGGUUUUAGAAGGCAUUGAGGCUCAUUUCAGUGAAAAAGAUUGGGUUCAUAUCUUUCGCGGUCAUGCUUCAUGUCUGUCUAAUGGAUAGCUCAGUACUAGAGUGUAUAACACCAAUAUUACUAUCUUGAUUCAGGAAAGUCCUUGGACCUUUUAGAUCUUAAAUGACUAAUAUUACACGGAUUAUCUUGCCCAUGUUCAGAAUUUUGAGCCAUGCUAUUGUUACCAAAUAUGAUUACAUUUCUGAGCCAAUUGAAUUUGUUUGUACUGAUGCGAUGACCCCCUCUUCCUCUCCAGCUUAUUCACGAAGCUAGAUAAUAACAAUACUAGCUCCUCCAUGCCCUGAGAAAUUUUGUUACUUCAAUCCUCGUCAUUCUUGUAGUAGCAUAUUUUCAUAGGGACGGAGCAUGGAAACUCAAUUUGAGUCCAUUCGGUACUAUAGUAUAGCUCGAGAAUGGAAAAACCGAGUUUGAUACUGUCAAUUCUGUUGCAACUUGGACUUGACAACUCUGUUGCGUCCCUGAAACAUUAGAUUCUGUUUAAGAGCCCUACUUGAUUGAUCUCGCUAAAUCCUCUGUGGGUCAAGGCUUGGUAACCUGAAAAGUCAAGAAAGAGUGUAUGUAGACUGACUUUAAGUCAACAAAUAAUACUUUCGUCCCAUAAUUUUCAGGUUUGUAAAGUAAGCCAAUCAUUUAUCUGGACCUAAGCUCCUCAUUUCCAUUUUGUUUGUACAUUUAUUUUGUGUUGUCGUUGCCAAUCAUUUGGCUAAAACUUUUCUUACUGUGUACUAAUGUAGAAAUUUGUAUCAGGUCGUUUGUCAAUUUCUAUUUCAUCUGUGUAUAAUUUCAAUUACCGAGGAUUGUAAUGUUGUAGUGUGUACCUUUCUAUCAGAGGUAAAAUGAAGAGUACGUUAUUGUCUACUUGCAGAGACUUCAAAGAAACUUGCAGAAACAUGGAUUUGACAUUAUCAAUAUCAUAUCUGAGCAUAUACCAAUAAUCUGCAAGGUAUGAGACACUGGAAAACUGAAAAUACACUGUGUGAUGGUACUCAUGGUAGGUUAUUCUUGAAAUUCUUUACUCGCAUUUGUUUGCUAAUAAUGACACAAGAAAGUUUUGUUCUGACUGGUAAGCAUGUGAUCACUUCUUUGUUUUAGUCACGAGUUGCAUGCAUAUUGUGAAUGUCUUGUGUUUAUGAAACCAAUAGCAAAUGCGCACCAUUCCUUCCUCCAACUGGGAAUUAUUGAGUACGCAUAUGUUUUACGAAGAUGAAGUUGGCUGUCAGCUAAAGUAGCAUUAAAUUUUUUACUUUUAAUUUUAUUCUGUUGUGCAUUGGUUUGUGAGUCCUCCUGGCCGCCUGUUGAAUUAAGAGGCUGACAUUUCUCAUGUGUGGGAUUAAUGAAGAAGGGGUUUGUUGUGAAUUGAAGUUAGCUUAAAAUUCAAUGCAAUUUUGUUCUCGUGUACUGCACAAAAUUGUGCAAUGUUCCAGUUCUAAAUGUUGAAGGAAAAUGGGUGAAAAUUCGGGGUUAUAGGUCUCAGAAAGGCAUUGCAUUUAGAAGGAGAGAAGCGCUAGUUUUUGGUACGGAUAUGUUGUUAUUGUCCCUUCCUCUCAGAAGGCUGUCUAGAAGAUUUGCUCAUUCUCUGAUCAGGUUCGUCAAAGUUAUCUAUGAGUCAGUUGAUCGUAAUAUAAUGAAUUUGCUAUUAGUAAAUGUAAUGUUUAAUGAAUGAAUGCUUCCUACAGGUAUGAUUGCAUCAAAAGCAUUUAGGUCUUUGACACUAUUUUGUUCAUUGUGUCACUUGUGAUUCACAUCUGAUAGGUCAGGAUAUCUUUUAGGAUAUCUUUUGGAGCAUGAAUGCCGUGUUCCUCUAAAUAUACCUGUUCUCUAAUAAAGCCAUCCAAAAAGUUUCCUGUAUGGGUUUAAGUUCUGGUACUUAUCUUUGAUGGCUUGAAUAGAAUGGACUUCUUUUUGGAUUUUAUCUUAAUUUAUUUUUAUUGCUUUCAGAUCAUAGCAUUUCAUAUAUCAUAUACUGAAACCACAGUUGAUCAGUUACUAGAUGGUAUUAUCUUAUUUUCACUACCAUUUUAAACACAUCAGUCUUGCCUAAUGAGUGCAUCAGAUUUUAGGACUUUUUAUCAGGCUGAGGAAGGUUUCUUGCCAUGGCUCAAAAAAUUGUGAACAAUUAUUCGCCAAUGGGAUUUUACCGAAACUUAGAUUGGUCGAUAUUUUUGGACAUGGUUCAACUAGUCUUUAAAGGCAGUAACUUAUAUGUAUGUAUAUAUAUAUAUAUAUAUAUAUAUAUAUAUAUAUAUAUACAUAUACAUAUACAUAUAUACCUUUGAAAGUGAAGCAAUCGGUGAAGACUAUAGCUUUUUGAUUUUAAUGAAAAUUUCAUAAGAUGUGGCGCAGCUUUUUUGUUCGUGGAUGUUAUAUGGCGGUUUCUUAGUGUGGAUACGAACGGGUAUUCUGCAGUUUUUGAACAAAAAAGCUUUUGAUAAUUAUGUUGUGCUAUUUCCUUCACUUGUUACACUUGACUUUACUUUGUCCCAAGUAAACUUCCUGGUCCAGGCCUAUCAUUUAAAACUACAUGAUGCAUCUCAGGAAUUAUUUGGUCCAAUGGGGUUAAUGAGUUCAAAUUCCUUGAAUCGAGAAACAGCAGUACGGGCUUUUGCAACUUUGAUGUCUGUGACCCCCAAUCACACCUUUAUGGAGUUUAAAAAGGUUGGGUUCAGAUCUUAUUCCACACCUGCAAAUUUAUAUUUAUUUCUAACACUGUCAUCAAUGGGUUCUUGCCUGCUUUAACAGCACAUAGAAAGGCUUCCAGACUGGUCUUUACACAAUGAACUAUCAGAAAACGACAUUAAGGUGAAGCAACCUACAGUAUCCUCUUCCUUUAGAUCAAUGAUCUUUCUGUUUCCUGUGUUUGUAAAGAGAUGCAGAUGAUUAUCUAUAAUAAGGAGACGAGGACAUUUGUGUCUUUUAAUUUAAUGACAUUAUGCUUUAUCUGUAACACCCGUUAUAACAGGGGUAUCUUUGUCAUACAAUCUUCUUAGGAUUUAGCCAUCUCUCCCUUUCUGUCUUCUCCCUUUUUUUUUUUUCCUGAUAGCAAUCCAUUUUCAUUCAUUAAGCUUCUCAAUGUCUAGUCAAUAGAGGUUUUUUGGAAAACAUACGAAGAUCUGAUGGUUUGUACUAGUCCCUGAUUGAAGGCUCAUUUUAUUUUAAUUGCUGUUUCACUUAGGUGUUACCCUUAAGUUUGCAUAAACACAAUUACAUGUUCCAAUUGAUGUGUAAAACUCUUUGCUGGGCUAGUUUCAAUUUGCUAGUAGCGUGAUAAAUUCAAAGCGCGCAUGGCAUUUUUGCACUCUCUUCUUUUUCCUUCCAGUGAAUUUCAUGAUCUUCAUUACGUCCUUUAUGCGGAAUGUGCAAUAUGAGAUCUUUAAUGGGUAUUGAUGUGUAUGGUAAGGUCUACAAGUAUGAAAUAUUGCUGGUCGUGGGAUAUCUGUUACUUUUUAGACUCUGGUAUUUUUAAUGAAAAAUGCACUCCAGCUCUGGCCGAGAAUUUAGUUGUUCAGCCACUUUUAUGGUUAAAGCAUUCGCAUAGGAGUAACUUGUUUCAGGAAAUGAGAAAAAUACUCAGUUCGAUAAUUUACGCAUCAUUAAUUGGCAUAAAGUACGAGCAUGAUCAUAGCUUCAUAUUCCUGUGAAUUUUCAGAGGAAAUACUUAGAUUUGUGUUUGUCCCUGGUAAUGAUGGAGAUGCUUUCUAACCGAGUGUGGGUAGGGGGCAACGUUUUGCCAGAUGGUAAUAUUGGUAUUGUCAUGAACUUGGACAAGCUUUCUGCUCGCGGUUCGGUCCUCAUGAAGGCCUUUGGCCUUUUGGACUGCCUCAUACUUUGAAGAGGAUGAGAAACUGUGCGAUUGCAAAGUAUAGAAAAGUGGGAUUAGUGGGAGAACUACUACUGUUUUGUAGUAGGUCAUUUGGAAGAGUCUUGUGUUACUUUCUUUGGUUUCUGUUGGAAAGUGUUGCUUGGUAUUUAAUAUGGGCGCCGUUAUCAAGACGUAAAUCGUAAUUGUUACUCUUAACUUUCUUGGCAAGGAAAAGGAAUCAAUGUAAUAGAAAAGUGAACAAAGACUGAAGAGCCUUGGCCUUUGUGUCUGCUCGAUACCUGGAAGAGGACGAGAACUAUUGUUACCAGGAUUAGUAGCAGCACUCAUGGGGUGUGUCAUAUGUCAUUUGAUGAGAACUUUAUGGAUUGGGGCUCAUAGUCGCUUACGCUAAGCUUCUUGUCAAGUUUUGCGUAGGUUUUAACAUGAAAGCAGUUGCCUUCAUGUAAUUGCUUAGGUGGAAUUAUUCACUAGGAUCUUCACAAAGUGAUCUGUUAAAUUUCAUCCGGAUGACCUGUUAAAUGUAGCAUUCAUGUUGAGACUCAGGAGUACAGUUUUUUCUCUCACGGUCACCCUUGCCUUCAAGUUUUUUGGUAGUCUCUGCAUUAACGUGGAGAAGCCGAUGGGUAGUUUUCCAUCCUUGUCAUGUUUUUUUUUUUCAACAAAUUAUACCUUGUUAAUAAGUAGGAAUAUUAUUGUAUCUCUACCUUUUUAAUGAGAUUUUAAUGGAUAUUGUUUCAGAUGUUGUGCUUAGCCAUUUUUUCUAUUGCACUUUAUUACCACACUUACCUACCAUUGAAAUGGUUUCUAUAUUCACGUCAUUCCAGAUUUUCCAUACACCAGAAGGAAUGUUAUCCAGCGAGCAGGGUGUUUAUGUUGCAGAGUCUGUGGCUACCAAGAAUGUUAGACUUGCGAAGGGACGUUUUAGGGUUUAUGGCGAUGAUGAUGAUUUCGUAAGUAUUGUUUUACCAUUUAAGGAUGUAUAGCUUUCAUGCACUACUUAAAAUUGCAUCUCUCUUUCCUAGGAUAAUUCGCCUAAUGUGCCAGCACAAAGGGAAGCAAACAAAAAAGAGGGCGUUGGUCCAGGGAAGAAAGAUACUACAAAAACAACAGCGAAGAUACAGAAAGGUAUAUACAUUUAAGUUAAUGUCAUCAUAUAAUGUUUUUAUUCGUGUCAUUAUAUAAUCAAUUUGCAUCGUUUAUCUUGUUUAUACAGACAAAAUUAAAACUGCAAAGGAAGAGGCGAGAGAAUUGCUACUGAAGGAAGAGGCCUCUGUACGUGACAAAGUUAUGGGCAUUCGGAGGAACCUGUCUGUGGUUUGCAGAGCUCUGGGCUUUAUGGCUGCUGGCAAUCCAGUUUAUGCGCAUGGACAACUACCUUUGCUCGUAAUUCUCAGAUCUCCUUGCAUUUUGCACUCAUCCAGUUUCUGACAUUGUACUGAGAUAUUGUGCAAUUCUACUUGUUCUUGAUAUUCAUUAUUAUCCUUAUAUCUCAAUUAAUUUUUUUCUUUGUUUAACCAAAUAUCAUUGCAGCAUACUUGAUAAAUUUUUCUGAUGCUAUCUGGCCUCAUUUUUAUGAAUUGCCUCUUACACUACUAGUUCCAUAAUUGUUUGAUCUUUCUCUUUAUUAUCCCUAGAAUUCUUUAUUUGAAUGAAGCUCUAAUAUUGAAAAGAGUGCCAGCUGAUGCCAACUUCAUAUUCCCUUCUCAAUGUACCUGUAAUGCGAAUGAGCAUGUGUAAGAAAUGAAAUUGACUACUCUCUGUGAGGUGCGAUUUGUUAACUAUUGAUCCGAGGGCAUCAUGCUCAUUGGUCUUUUCAUAGUCUUCUAGUUGAAGGAUGUAGCAAGGUCAAUGUUUGUCCCCCUAAAUUUCUUGUAGCAACUUUCGCUAAUGAGAAGAUCAAGGACGGUAAUUUGAAUGAAUUUGUACGUAGAUACAUUAAUUGAAUGUAAGCGUCGGAUAAAAGCAACUAGGAUGAAGAGUGUUAGAUCUUUAAGCUCCAUAUGAUCCUUGCUCACCUUUCUGUUAAUUGGGGACACUCAAAGCGCAGAACUUGCAUCUUCUGUCCUUCCCAACCGCCAAUAGUAACAAGUCGGGAGUCUUCAUAUCCACACCCAUUGUUUCUCUCAUCUGCGCCCACCCUCCUGACUACCCUCCCGCACAGUAAAACUCUCAUUCCUUCUCUUUUUUUACUCCCAUUCAGACCUACACAUCUUGUUAUUUUUUUUGCAUCUGUCGUGUUUACAAGAUUAGUAUAUUGUCCUGGUUGUUUUUUUCUUAGCUUGGUUAAAACUUUUUAGAAGUUGGGCACAUUUGACUGAUUUUGUCAUUAACUUCGAUAGAAAUUAGGAUGUCAAGUUUAUGGUCUGCCAAAAAUCUUGUCUUUCAUUAACGAUCUUCGCUAAAUUAUAGCAGGGCUUGAUUAAUUGCCUUAGACGCACAUCUUCCAAUUAUUACUAUUAUUUUUAAUCUCUUGUUGACUGGUGAUGCCUUUGUGAUAGGUAAAAUUAAUUGAUCCUUUGCUUCAUUCGCCAAUUAUAUGUGAUGCUGCAUUUGAGACUAUGUUGAAGCUUGUGAGGUGCUUGGCUCCUCCUCUUGGUGAUUGGGCCCCAGAGAUUGCUGCUGCUCUACGCAUAAUUUCAACACAAGAUGGACAUGUAGCAUGGGAUUCAAUUUCUAUGCCCAGACUCGGUGAAAGUGACUUGAAACCAUCUCUCUUUGAGAAAAUAAUCGCUGGUUUAUUGACCUCGUGUAGAAGUGGUCCUCUUCCAGCUGAUUCCUUUACAGUCAUAUUUCCGGUAAUAUAUCUAUUUAUGAACUCAUUCUGACGUACUGCCAUUUUCUGCGAGUAAGUUUCUUAACAUUAUUGCUAUGUUUUUGCUGUCAGAUCCUGGAGAAGAUUCUUUUGUCUUCCAAAAAGACCAGCCUUCAUGACAACGUGCUUCGAAUUCUUUCUUUACACCUGGAUCCCAUAUUGCCUCUUCCCAGGCUGAAGAUGCUAUCAGUUAUGUCUUGAUUCCUCUCACUUUCUUGGGUUCCUUCUCUUGAAAAAGUGAUAACGUUGCCUGUUUUGGCUUACAGGCGCUUUACCACGUUCUGAGUGUUGUCCCAGCAUACCAAGCGAAGGUCGGACCAAUGUUAAAUGAACUCUGUUUAGGUUUGCAAUCGAAUGGUUUAGGACAGGUAAAGCUUUCAAUUAUGCUUCUGUUAAAGAGACCCAGAUUUCUGGCUGUGACCUAAGUUUCAAGUAAAAGCCGUUUCCUAAAUUUUAAUCACAGGCUCUACAAGGGGUUUAUGCAAAAGAUGUGCACGUCAGACUUGCCUGCUUAAGUGCUGUGAAGUGCAUUCCCUGUGUUUCUGGCCGUUCCCUCGUGCAGAAUAUUGACGUUGCAACAGGCAUUUGGAUUUCUCUGCACGACCCUGAAAAGGUAUGUUAUCCCUCAGGUUGAUUCAUUUCUUGAUAAUUGCGUUAUCCAAAUGCGUUUCUUUUAUCAACUAUAGAAUUACCUUCUACAGAGAAAGGUUUUUUCUCCUUUUAAACAGUUUUAAUUUAUUUUUUUGAAUUUCUUUCUUCGGAAAAUUUAUGUUCUUAGACCUAUUAGUGGGCAUUGUAGUCUCAUUUGGAUUUGAACAUCUCCAGUGAAUAUAGUCGAUAUAAUAUUUUUAUUUUAUUUAUCACGAGCAUUAUAUAUUUUUAUUAAUACCUGUUUUUUAUUUCUUAGAGUAUGUUUAUUAUGUCAAUAUUUUUUAUUAUGGUAUUCUCAGUGUCUCGUGAUUUGUGAGAGAUCCAAUUAGUUGAUUCACUGUAAGUUUUGGUCGUCAUUAUACUUAAUAGGAUGUUUUAGGGUUUUAUGUGGCUAGAGAUAAAACCGUAAAUUAUAAUUUAUUGAGUAUUCAAAUGUCUUCUGGCAAGAUCAUGAUUAUUUGUACCUAUUACUGCAUUUGAAAAACUUUUUAUCUUUCAUGUUUUUUGAACGGUUCAUGGCUUAAAUAUUUUUUUGUGAUUAUCUAAGGUUUUGAAGUAAUAUGAUAUUACAUGAAAUGUUUUUCAAAUUUUAUUAUAUCCCAUGUAUUGAAAACUUUUAAAUGUGUUUUUUUAUCAUAUUUGUAAAUUUUGAAUUUUUGAGUACCUCUGGUACAGUUGUACGAAUGAAGAGGGCCCCUAAAAUUUUGUUAUGGUGUUUCUAUGAUUGUCAUCCUGGUGUAACCUGGGAUCAACUUACGAGUGUAUAGCGCUAACUGUGUAGCAUCUUGGUGACUAGUUACCUCUAAGGUUUUUGUUUUAGAAUUUACGGAACCUCUGAUGUUUUAACCAUUCCGAUUUGCGACUCUUCUGACUGAAUUUAUUCUAGGUUAGUCGUUCCCACGUAGGUAUUGUGUCAUGUAUAGAAUCACAUUUUAAUACAAAUUCGUACUUGGAUAUUCCCUCUCUGUUUUAGUUCGUGUUCAAGGACUUGCCAUUAAAUUGUGCGUCCCUGGAGAGGUGGCAUUAACAUGGCAGACUAUGUUGCUCUGUAGAAUUUUGAAAAGAUGUGUUGUGUAAUCCAUAUGGCAGAAAGCUUGGGGAACGAAACCCUACUGGUUGGGGAAACUGCUCGAAGGCAUAACUCUGCAUAGGAGCAAUAAGGUUUGUAUUGACGACAAAAAAGCAUCCAUGACUCGUGUGCGUGGAGACUUUUUAUGUAAACACAAGCCUUUGCCAAAUGACCAAACGACCUCAUAUAAGAUUACCUAUUCGAGGCAAUUUGGAAAGAAGAAAGUAAUUAGGGACUAUCCUUCGUCGCAUGCGGUUAACCAUCUGUAGCCCACGUCUAUAAUUUAUCAAGAGACUGAGCUGUACAAUCUCUUGUAUCACAGACUUAAUUGUCUCUUUUGUGGACGUGAGGGGCGCGCUUAAGAGAAGGGCGUGAGGCCAAAUAUUGAAAGUUAAAUAGCCUGAACAGAUAUCCCGUGUGCACCCAGCUGGAUUGUUUGAAAGAAAGAGCAAUAACCCCGCACGGCAGCCACUCCUGCAGUGGUCAUAGUUUACGGAUGAACCUCAGUAUGCUUCGCUGCCCCAACGCUGGUUCUUUAUUGAAACCCACCCUGAUAAUAAUAACAAAAAAUGAUGAACUGGGGUAAGAGUUGACACUUGUUUGCGCAAGCUAUCUACUAUAAUAGCUGUUUUUGACACAAAAAGUUAUAAUCAUUAAUUAUUAUCGAGCUUUUUUAUGUGUCCCUCUACUCAGACAUAAUGUUUAAUGGCGUCUAUCUCUUACUUCAUAGUUAUAAUGACUGUGUGGGGUGAGCGAUUCUGUACAAGACCUUCCAGAACUCUCAAUCAAAGUACUGAAUACUUUCUGCGUUCUGUUACAAAAGCCUUUUUCCUUUGUUAAAGUGAUAAUGAAAGGGGAGUGAGGCAAGUUGAUGAAUUGGACGUGAUAAUUUCAAGGAAAACAGCACUCAUAGUGAAUAGUGUUAUCAUUGGAUUGGACUAGCCAAGAAGUGCGCCGUUGUCUGGACUGUUUUUUUCACACUUAGUUCACAUAAUUAGGUACAACAGCGAAAAAUGGCCUGAACUGGGCUUGAAGAGAUCUAGCCACACAAGUUUUUCUCUGCCACCAGGCAGGAUCAGCCCACCCAUCCUGCAGUGGGAGCCCCAACAAGUAUCCGGAUCUCCUUGCAGAAUUUUUCUUGCGAUCUAAAGUUCAUUUGUGUGCAUUUUUUUAAUAUUUUCAGGUUGUUGCUGAAGCAGCAGAAGACAUAUGGGAUCGUUAUGGCUUUGAUUUUGGAACUGACUAUUCUGGUCUUUAUGUUGCACUUUCUCAUGCCAAUUACAAUGUACGCUUGGCUGCUGCAGAAGCAUUGGCUGCAGCUUUGGACGAGAACCCUAAUACUCUACAAGUUAAUAUCUCCUUUGUUGAAACAGUUUCGUAUUCCUUAUUUGUCUAGCUAUUCUGCAUUUUCUAACCAGCUGCUAGUUCUCCAGGAAACUCUUUCGACUUUGUUUUCUAUGUACAUUCAAUAUGUUGCCAGUGGGACAGAUAUAGCAGACGCUGGCUGGUUAGGAAGGCAGGGGAUUGCCAUGGCGUUACAUUCUGCUGCUGAUGUUUUAAGAACGAAAGAUCUUCCUGUUGUCAUAACGUUUUUAAUUUCACGUGCAUUGGUAAGAAUUCCAAUUUUCGUAAACAGAUGGUUUUUUAAUUUAACGAUUUAAUUUCGGAUAAAAAGAAUUUGUCUUUCAUACUACUUUGCUAAUGCACUCUUGAAUAUUGUCCUUGACUUAGUUUUAAUGUUUAUGGAGACAAUCGCUAUAGUUGAUCAUGUAGAAAGAUGAAAUGUGGCUGUUGACUCAUUUUUAACCUUUAAACCAUGUUCUUGGAACACUUCUAUAAAAUUGUGAGAUCAUCAUUGAGAUCUUACUGGAUUCUUGCUACUAAAUAAUCACAAAGUUAAUAUAAAUCGGUGACUGAAAUUCAUGCAAAUUUGCCUAUGCUCUUCUCUAGCUAUUGGCUAGAACUGUUGUUUUUUAGACUUUUUCCUUCAGUGUGGUUUUUUGAAUAGAAAGACAGCAGCUUACAACUUAGUGCAUCAUUUUAUAGGCGGAUCCUAAUAUCGACGUCCGUGGAAGGAUGAUCAACGCUGGUAUCGUGAUUAUUGAUAGACAUGGGAAAGAAAAUGUUUCACUGUUGUUUCCUAUUUUUGAGAACUAUCUGAAUAAAAAGGUAUGACCUUUCGAUCAGUCUUCUCUUUUCCUUGGUGACGUAAAAGCUAAGCCAGUGUCUCCAUUCAUCAAUGAGAAAUAGCAUUGGGGCAGGCGUCCUAUUCUUCUCCUGACUGUAUUGAUCAUUUAUCUCAUUCAUAGAUAUUAAGUGAAGAUUUUUGGAGUUCUAUCAUUUGAGCUUGUAUGUACUAUGCUAUCUUCAUUCAAUAGAAUUUUAAAUAUAUUUGAAAAAGGUAGUCUCUAAGCACCUCGCCUUUCUGUCUAGAUUAAAAGUGGUGGAACAUUGUUUUGAUUACCGUCAACCACUUCAUUUCAUCUGAAAUUGAUUUCUUUGGUGAAUGACAGGCUUCUAAUGAAGAAAAAUAUGACUUGAUACGGGAAGGCGUUGUUAUAUUCACUGGAGCUCUGGCCAAACACUUGGCAAAGGUAUGUGUGAAAUUUUCUCCUGUGCAUCUUUGCCAUCAUCUGUCGCUAAGAUUUUAUUUCGCUUUUUCUUUUUCUUUUUUUUAAUUUUUCUAAGCUUUUUGGGUAGGAUGAUGCCAAAGUCCAUGAUGUUGUGGAGAAGUUAUUGGAUGUCUUAAAUACUCCAUCUGAGGCUGUACAGAGGGCUGUUUCAGACUGUCUCUCUCCGUUGAUGGUUGCAGAGCAGGUAUGGUGUUCUCAUCAAGUAUUGUUCUUUCAAUGGUUUUGAAAGGAUGCUAUUUAAGUUAUGGUUGCGUUGUCACAUUAAAAAUUUCUGCUAGUCAGUAUUUAACCAAAAAAGUGAAUUUCUGCUGCUCUGUGGUUUUCUUUUGUUUUUGUGUCUUUGACAUGUGCUGAAUGGUGAUAAGAAAGAGGACCUUUGUGUAUAUUUGAGAGGUAAGUCAACGUACAAUACUCUGUAAAGGUGUUAGUCAUGCCGGAUGAAUGCCAUGUUUGAUAUGGGAGUUAGCAUGCUUGUGACUGAAUUUAUGAGAAAUCAGAAAAUGUCAACUUAAAUGAAGUCACGGCAGGAUUAUGGUCAUAGUUAGCAUCACUAGACAGGUGCUUUGCUUUCAAAACCAGAAUUAGAUCAUAAGUAUGGAAAUUUCCUCUUACUAGUGUAAUUGUUUAUGUUGUGCAAAGGGUAGACUAGAGUAGUGAAUAAGGAGGUAGGACUGGUGGGAAUUUGGAGACAAGUAUAACUAGCAAUGAAAGAUGUUUGAUAGCAAAUUAUGAAAGGUCCAGAAAGGAGUGACUAUGAUAUACCUUGAUCGUAUGGGUGGAAGCUUUCGGCUUACGAUAUUGGAGCAAACAGCCAACCGACUAUGUUCCUCUCUGAAGUUGUAAAGACCCCAAAUAUCAUAGAGGAUGAUAGGGAUCAAACAAGGACGAACCAACUGUCAGCUUCAUACUUUUCGACCCCUUAGAGAGAGAGCUAUUAGCAAAAUUUUCAUUCAAAAUAUAUUAUUUUUGGGCAUGAAGUUUAGCCUCCUAUUUAAAGGAGCAACAUGAGGCUUUUGAAGGGGCGUUCUUAACUCCCAAUUCUAAUGGGUUUGUGUUUCAGCCAUAAAUGCUCCUAAAAAGUAGUGAAACGGUUGGGAUAGUCUAAGCUCUUUGAUAAACCUUAGGUACUUCUAGAAACGGCCAUAAUAGUGAAAGAUAAACUUGGGCCUAAGGACCGACGAAAAUCAGACAAAAUAAAUCCUUAUUACAUUAUUCGCCAGGACUGGACUCCUUCGAGUGUAGCCAGGACUUGACGUUAUCAAUUUUUAUGCUUCAUCCUUAUGGUGCAUGUACUGACUUGAAAGUUGUUCUAUAGUGAGAUGUUAUUGGAACUCUCAUAGGUUUAUACUCGAGGCCACAUUUUUUUAUUUUGAUAUAUCUUUGGUGCAUUCUUCUGUAGAAUAAACAAGUUAUUUUUUUCUCAGGGUAGAUUUACAUUGUGUUUUUGGCAGCAUGGAAUCGGAUUAUUUUGAAGUCUAGUUCUUGUAUGAUGAUAUUCCUUCAAUCUUUGGCCUUGGAUUGGAUUACUCUAAAUGGGUGUCAAAUGCGCUAAUAUAUCUCACGCGAACUGAUGUCCGCCUAAUCAUUGGCCAAUACGAAAUCGAUAUUGAUUCCAACACUUAUUAUCUUCAUUAUCUUUUAUUCUAGAUUCUUAUGGUGUCAAAGGUUGAGACGUCGUGAAAAAUCCUGGUUCAACUAUUUAAUUGAUAAUAACCCACGAGAGGAAGAAAAUAGAGGGUGUUGGGACCGACAAGAGUAGGCCCUAUAGCUUGUGAUGGCAUCCAUCCUUGUCCGUGCUCCAGAUGCUACUUCAAUGGCUAAAAGACUGCCGGAAUGCGGCUCUAUGCACGUCUUGUGGGGUAGAGGAUGUAUAAUGGAUCACUCAAAAUGUAUAGUUGGGUAAAGGAAGGUGAACCCCGCCUAAGCUCCAAUCCCGGAAGCCCUUUAGCCGAGCUCUCCUGGGGUAUAGGUAGAGAUCCAUUGGAUUCCAAGGGCAACAUAAUUAUACAAGUGGUGAGAACGUUGUUCUGCUGAUUCUCCUCCUCAUUUGAGGUGGCUACUUGUGGAAUCAAUAGUAGAUCAUAUCUCCUUAUAUGAUUCCCCAAUGGCAGGUGGAGGGGACAGUGCAUUUGAUAGUGUCCUAUCAUUUGGGGAGGGGACAGAGCAUGUGCUUUCGCCUUCUACUUUGAAGAUGGCUUCUGUUAACGCUUUGGGGAUUGUUGAUGGGGCGCUUAUUCAUAGGCUUUCAGUUCUUGGACCCCUUCCAUUGGCUGGCGGUGGUUUGGAUGUCACGAGGAGAUUCUUUAAUGGGCAUCAUAAUUGUCUUCCUAGGGGAUUAUUUCUAAGGUGAAAGUGGGACACACUCAGAGUAAGAGCUCUCCAAGCAGUCCACAGAACCAUCACGUGUCGUAGGUGGACGUGGCUGUUCUGUAGAAUGUAAAGAGCCUAACUGGAUGAGAUUAAGAUGAUCUAACCUAAUGACCCAUGGGUCAAGGUCAGGAUGAAUGUCUGAAUCAGGAUAACAAUCGUGGAGUACUCUACAACUCAUAUUAAUAUUAUCAAAUGGAUCAGAGGACCUAUGGUUAGAGCUGGGCGAUUUAGGUUAGCUAUUUCCCGGAAAAACUUUUGUUGCACUCUAGGCAUAUUACAUGUGCCUCACACACCUUAAUUUGAUUUGGACAGGUGGUGUCUGAUCUGGACAAAUUAUAGGGAUUUUGGGGGAGGAGGUGGCUUGGAGUCCCAAGAAGAAGAUAAACAGUCGUGAAGAGGUUGUCUCUCAGACGUCAGAUCCAGCAGAAAAAAUCCCAAACAAUGUGCUUGCUGUAGCCUGAUGACUCUGUAGUGGCCCAGUAUCUGGGGAAGGCAUGAUUCCAGGUUCCUCUAGCCUGAUGCAUUUUCGGCUAUAACUAACCGAGAUUGAAGGGCUGAAGGUGAAUUCACUCUACCACCACCUAGUAGGAAAUUCACCAGUUACUCUCACCCAAUCGUGGAGAUUUGUGACGAGAAAUGGAUUCUGAUUUUCCCCAGGCUGAGGGUGUAAGACUUAUGAUUAAUUGUUGUUUAUUGCUAGGUCUGUUCCUUUGGCGUCGGGCCACGGAACAUGAUAUCAGAGAAGUCAUGUACGAUUUUUUUUGUUAAUUGACGCUUUGGUCUUUUUUGUUGGUGCAUAGUUUUAGUUUAGCAACGGUGGAGCCCAUCCUUAAGUGAGGUAUCUGUGCAUAGUUUUUGUCUAGGAAUUUGUGGGAUCAUUUCUUAGAUGAGAUACUGUGCAUCUUUUGUCCAGUAGUCUGUCCAGUAGUCAUGUAGUUCAUGCCGAUGACAUUGAGAAUGUUUCAUAGUUUGUUUAUCAUUACUGCAUUCCAUUGGUUGCUGAUUAUUUGUUUCUGCCAUUAUGUCCAUUAUCAUUAUAACAUGCUCAAGGCUAGUUUCAUUUUAUUCCCUGGUAUAUCAGCAAUUCCUUGUGCUUACUGUAAUGUUUAGGUCUUUGAGAAGCUGUUCAUACGUGUUUUUUCCACGUGAAUCAGAUGGUCUUUCCCAGUUUGUCGUGAAGAUGUGUGCAUUUGAGAACUAAUGUAAUCACCUUUCUUACAAUGAAGCAGGGUAAUGGCAAAGAAAUUGUUUCCCGCCUAUUAAACAGGCUAAUGAAAAGCGACAAGUACGGUGAGAGGCGUGGUGCAGCAUUUGGACUUGCAGGGGUUAUCAAGGGCUUUGGAAUUCGUUGCCUUAAGACGUAUGGGAUUAUGACUGUUCUUCAAGAAGGUUUGGAGGACAGGUAUAUCGUUUCUAUUAUCUAAAAUGUUACGUUUUACUUUAAGCUUUGACAUUUUCAUUGUUGUGACACUAUGGAUCAAGUAUCUUACUGGGAAUGUAGUUAUGAGACGAUAAUAUUCAUUGAAGAUUUCUUAUAUUGGAAUAAUCUUGUAUUUUUUAUAGGAGUUCUGCUAAAUCACGUGAAGGAGCUCUACUAGGUUUUGAGUGCCUUUGCGAGAAGCUUGGAAGAUUGUUUGAACCGUAUGUAUUAAUAUGUUCUUAUUAAUCUCUCCUUAAUGCCUCCUGAUUGCCUUUGCUUUUUCUCCAUGCAUUCCAGGUAUGUUAUUCAAUAUUUGCCUUUGCUGUUGGUAUCUUUCUCCGACCAAGUUGCGGCUGUGCGUGAAGCUGCUGAAUGUGCUGCUCGUGCAAUUAUGUCGCAGCUUAGUGGACAUGGAGUGAAGCUCAUUCUUCCUUCUCUUCUGAAGGUUUUUGUUUCGACAACUUAUUCAUCUUUAUAUAUAACUCUAUUUUGUUUCAAUUGCUCGGCCAUUAUUGCAUUUUAUUUUUUGUUAAUAUCCGAUGCACGUGUCAUUUUGGUUAUUUGAAUGUCAUAACAUCCAUUUGCUUUCUUGAAGAUUUCAUUACCACUUUUUUGCCCCUCAGAUUCAUCUAUUCUCAUUAAAGUUGGCUUUGAGCAUUGUUGCACAAUCUCUCUGUCUCUGUCUCUCAUACAUACACGCACACAUUAGUUUCUUAGUGGCAACACAGUUGGGUAAGACAAGGUAUAUUUCUAAAUAAUCUUUGCUGGUAUCUUAGUGGAUAAAAUCUAUUUUCUAGACUCCAAUCAAUCUUUCGAAGUACGCCCUUAUCUGAAUUUUAUUUGGGAAUAUCUUGCAUUUUUUUCCUUAUUCAUCAGAAAAGUCAGUUUGAAAUCAAUAUUAUCAAAUUAUGUUUUCAAGAACGUUCAUGGAAUAUAAGUCGAUGGAUAAGGUGAAACGUCACCAGUUAUUUUUUCAAAUGCUUUUGUCUCUCCGUUGCACUAAUAGUGAAUGCAUAAACAAUUAUGAGUGAUUUUAUCCGAUUGGUUUAUGCUUUGAUAUCAUAUUGUAGAUGGCUUAUAUAAGUGGCCUCAGACAAACACGAGGUUUUAAUCCCGAGGACUAAAAGCUAGAUUCGAACAUAUCGUUGGUAGGUGGCUGACUUUUCUUGUCGAUUCAUGUUUGCUGUUGGAUCGAGUAGUGCGAAAUGAAACAGACUAGAUUGUCUGUUGCAUUGUCAUCUCCUUUUCCAGUAUGUUGAUACUAUGAUUCCGUAUUGUUGCAAACUGCUAAAAAUCGAAGCCCCAUUGGGUUCAAUCAGUCCAUCUCGCCUUAGUGGUAUGAGAGACUGAUAGAGAACCAGUCCCUUGCUUUUCGUAGAUUAAUGGUCUUCAAACUUUUUCACUAUGUCCUUCGUCUUGUAAGAGGUGAGACUGUUGAAUAAGAGAAGAAAGAUUUGGAAAAAUAUGGACAGAAGAAGAGGAUAUGCUGCCUACCAUAGGUUUAUUCAAGGAAAGAAGAUACGAAAAUAGGUCGAUUUGGUAUCAACCCUCAAUUCGAAUCAGCAAAAAAUGAUAUAAAAGUGCAGAACCAGACCUAGGUCAUCCCCAACCUGCCGCCAUUAUCGUGCCAGUUGUGUCUGUUAGUUUUUCUUCUCCUCCCGCACGAACCUCCUAAUAACAUGUGCAAUGUAUUGUUUCAAAGUUGUUAUCUUUUACCCCCAAAAUAGUCCUUUCCCUUAUAUCGGGUGAUUUGGCUGAUCGGAUCAUUAUAUAGAGCAGGGCAAAGAUUUGAUCCAAUUUGGUGCACUAUGCACUAGGUUGGUCGACAUCGUUAAUCCUGUGUGGAUGAAGACCCAGAUGUUUCAUAACUAGGUAUAGAUUGCAUCGAUUUGUUAAGUUGCCAAACCCUGAUCUUGAUAUAUAUUGUUCCUAGUCUUGGAAUGUAAUUCCUCGCUCCUUAUUAUGCUGCGGUACUAUAGGACUAUUAAAUAACGAAAAUACGCUCUUGAUACAUCAUGUUUUUAAAGAUCAAUAGGAAAGAAACCAAUUUUAAUUCGUCCAUACAUCAUGAAGAUUGUUUAAAUAUUUGAAAUUUUUCAUUGAAACCAUCAUGCCUGUGAGUGGCAUGGCUUACUGCAUCGACCUGACUAGCCUUUUCUAAAAUUUCACUGUACUAAGGUUAACUAAUUGUUUUAAGUGUCAAGGAUCCAUGUUCAUUUAAUGGUAACUUUUGUUCGAGUAACAAAUUGUUGAGUCUUCCCCCAAUGAAAUAGUUUUCUUUUACUGAAGAAUGACUGGGGAGGGAAGAUGACUGUAGAAGUACAAAAGCUCAAAAUCUGUACCCAAAUUGUUGAAGUCUCUGGUGUUAAUCGCAGUCUCUUGCAGUCUGGGGGUGAGGUUCUAAUCCUCUAAACUUUAGAGGCUGUGGUCUGAAAAGGGGGAAAGGUAGCGUUAGAAAGUGCCUCCUUGGAAAUGCUAUGGCCAUCUUUUAGAUACGAAGAGGAAGUGUGAUAAAAAAUUAAUGGGGCCAUAUAAAAAUUUCUUGAAUGUAGCUGCUCGAAAUGGCAUUGAUUUAUUUUUUUUCAUUUACACAGGGCCUGGAAGAUAAAGCUUGGAGAACUAAGCAAAGUAGCGUGCAGCUUCUCGGUGCUAUGGCUUUUUGUGCACCUCAGCAGUUGUCCCAAUGCCUUCCUAAAAUUGUGCCCAAGCUUACAGAGGUUUCCAAUUUAUCAUGGGGACCUUGCUUGUCAGAUUCAUUUGCCUAAUAGCUUGCUUAUGAAAUUUUUGUGUUCCAGGUGUUGACAGAUACACAUCCCAAGGUUCAGUCAGCGGGACAAAUGGCUCUUCAGCAGGUUUUGUCUCUCUUUUUUUUACAUGUGUUCGUGUCGUAUUGCGGCUGGUAAUGAUAAUAUCUAUUAUUCUUUACAGGUUGGAAAUGUCAUAAAAAAUCCAGAGAUAGCUGCCCUUGUCCCAACAUUAUUGAUGGGUCUCACUGAUCCCAAUGAACACACUAAGCACUCACUCGAUAUUCUUCUUCAAGUAUGAAUAUUUGUUAGUAAUGAAUGUCUAUUGCCUUUUUCAUUGGAUUUGUUUUUUGAUGGUGCUUUCUUCUGCAGACGACUUUUAUCAAUUCUGUUGAUGCUCCGUCAUUGGCGUUAUUGGUGCCAAUUGUGCACAGAGGCUUGCGAGAGAGGAGUGUUGACACUAAAAAGAAAGCAGCUCAGAUAACGGGAAACAUGUGUUCAUUAGUUACUGAACCUAAGGAUAUGAUUCCUUACAUAAGCUUGCUACUUCCAGAAGUUAAAAAGGUUUUCCUGUCUCCUCCCAUUCAACCUUAUAUCAUUUUAAACAACAGUGGUUGGCCAAUAGCUUUCCUAUCUAAUAUUUUUUUGUCAUUACUAAUGACUGGGACAGGUUCUGGUGGAUCCUAUACCGGAAGUUCGAUCAGUUGCAGCCAGGGCCAUCGGCUCUCUUAUAAGGGGUAUGGGAGAGGAAAAUUUUCCGGAUCUUGUAUCGUGGUUACUAGACACUCUAAAGUCUGACAGUAGUAACGUUGAACGAUCUGGAGCUGCUCAGGGUUUGAGUGAGGUGUGUUAUGCAUUAAGUUUUCACAUUAUUUCCCAGAUAGGUUUAUGUUAAUGGCAUUCUUUCUCUUUUAAUCUUUGCUCAUGUUUACUUUGUUGAAUCGUUGCUGCUAAUUUUGUUUCUGUUUUAUUUCAUGUUUUUGGUUCUUUAAAAGCACUUCAUCUUUUCUUCGUUAAACAUACAACAAUCUUUUGCUGGUGUUUGAGCUGAACAUUUUGGACAAUUAGGUGCAAAUGACUUCUUAUCAUUCUCUAAUUUCUUAUUCAAACUUUCUGUACGGUUCGUAUUUUGGUGGUCAUUUUGGCCACUCUUUUUCUUCACUCUGGUUUAAAACCGAAAUGCAAUACUUUUUUCCUUUUUAAUCAGGCAUUUUACAUCUUCAUUAACUUCUCCAUAUUUCAGGUUUUGGCGGCCCUUGGCGAGGAUUAUUUUGAAAGACUUCUUCCCGAUAUUAUCCGAAAUUGUUCCCACCAAAAGGCUUCAGUCCGUGAUGGAUACCUAACACUUUUUAAGGUCAGAUAAUCCAUCUAAGUUGCAUUCUGAUUUCUCAAUUUUUUGAAUCACGUUUUAACGGAAUUAUGUGUUCAGUAUCUUCCAAGAUCAUUAGGAGCCACAUUUCAGAAUUACUUGCAGCAGGUUCUACCUGCUAUACUGGAUGGUAAGUUUAUUCUCUUUAUUCUCUCUAUUUCAUGUAUUAGUUCCGUCCAGUUUUAAUUUUAAUUCUUUCCAGGGCUUGCUGAUGAGAAUGAAUCUGUACGUGAUGCUGCACUUAGUGCUGGUCAUGUCUUUGUGGAGCAUUAUGCAAGAACGUAAGAUACUUUCUCUGUGAGAUUUUCUUCUUCAACCUUACUACUCGGCUGAUUGUUUUUUGGUAUCUGUUAUUUUAAUAUCCAAUCAGGUCUUUGCCGCUGCUUCUUCCAGCUAUAGAGGAUGGAAUUUUCAAUGACAACUGGCGUAUUCGGCAAAGCUCUGUUGAGCUUUUGGGUGAUCUUCUUUUCAAGGUUCACGAAUUUCUCAUUGACUCAAAGCUGUACUGUCCCUUUUAGAGAUUCUUGCUUCAAUUCUCCUGGUUAUGUCUCUGUAGGUCGCUGGAACUUCUGGUAAAGCAAUUCUUGAGGGUGGCAGUGAUGAUGAAGGUUCAAGUACUGAAGCUCACGGACGAGCUAUUAUUGAAGUACUUGGUAGGAAUAAGCGUAAUGAAGUUCUUGCUGCAGUUUAUAUGAUUCGAAGUGAUGUUAGUUUAUCAGUUCGGCAGGUAUAUAUGUAUCUUUUUCCCACACUGAAAUUGUUGUUCGCUUAGUUGAUUUUUUCCGAUUAUGAAGUCACUUACCAUCUUUUCUUGUCUACACCAUGUCAUCAGGCUGCAUUGCAUGUGUGGAAGACUAUUGUGGCAAACACACCGAAGACUCUAAAGGAAAUCAUGCCUGUUCUAAUGAACACUCUCAUUUCUUCUCUAGCUUCCUCGUCUUUGGAGCGUCGACAGGUUUUUAUUAUUAUUUUUAAAUUAGUGAUCAAUUACUAUGCAUAGGCAUGGCCAUUGUGAUGUGAAAUUUUAAUUUCUCCUUUUUUAUGUUCUCUUUUAGGUUGCUGGAAGGUCACUUGGAGAACUUGUUAGAAAGCUCGGAGAAAGAGUUUUGCCUUCGAUUAUCCCUAUUUUGUCACGAGGCCUGAAAGACUCUGAUGCUGGUAGAAGACAGGUGACUGCAUCUUUAUUUUGAUCUCAUUUGGUUAUUGCUCAAAUAUCACCAUAAAAAAACCAUAUCUUUAUCCCUCUUGCGUUAACUUUGGAUAAAUACUUAUUCCCCUUUUUUUCUCCCAUUUUCUAUAACCGAGAUGUCUCAUUUAUAGCUUUAGUAUUUGUUGUACAUGUAGAUCGCUGUUUUCUCAUGAGAUUCCUCAUUAAUCAAGUUUCCGUUUAUCUAGAUUUUCAUCAGUUUAGAAUGGGGCUCAGAACAUUGUCCUUUGUGUUGUUUGCCUCUUUAUGUAAUUCGAACUACUGCAAAAGGGCCUAUUUAAUAAUGAAAAGAGUUAGCUGCCCGGCCCAUAACUCAUGUUUGUCUGAGGACGGGGAAACGAAUCUCUGGAGCUGAAAUUGUUUUUAAUAUUGGUUUCCCCUCGAUAAGCUCACUUGUUAUACAAGAUCCGAGCACACAGUUGGCAGAUCUUGUUGUUCCUUGUAUGAGUAAUCUGUUCUGCAUCUUUUUUAUAAUGAGAUGGCCCAAAAAAUGACUGUUGAGUGUCAUUUAUUGUUCCAUUUGAAAUAUGUAUUAAUCCUUGAGAUGUGAACAAGUCUGGUACCAGGCCUCGCAGGGCUUGUGGUUGGCCGGGCCUGACCUGUGUUCUUUGUGCGCUGAGAUUCCUAAUUCGCGGAUUUGUUUUGGCUCAGUGGCACCCUUAAUGAAUCCACGAAAAGCGGCUUGGAAACUGUCAGAUAUUGCCUUUGAGGUUUUUUGUGUUUUGCACUGAGUCAAAGAAAUGACAGACGGGGAACAAAGUUUAUGAAAUGCCUUUUCUUUUUUCUAUCUGCAUGUGCUUAUAGAUAUUUUCUGUAUGGUCAUUUCAUUGUUCUUCAUGACCGUACGUAUUGCGUAUUAAGAAACGUGGUGUUUUUAGUGCAGUAGGCUCAUUGAUUUUCAUUUACUGCAGGGUGUUUGCAUUGGACUUAGUGAGGUCAUGGCCAGUGCUGGUAAACACCAGCUGUUGGGUUUCAUGAGUGAACUGAUACCUACCAUUCGGGUGGCUCUAUGCGAUAGGUUUGCUACUAUUUUCAUUGGUCUGGCAACUCUAUGCUAUAGGUUCUCUUGAUCCUUGGAAGGAUGAGACAAUUUCUACUCUUUUCUUUCAACAGCGUGCCUGAGGUUCGCGAAUCUGCUGGUUUAGCUUUCAGCACCCUAUAUAAGGUAUUCUCUCGAGCUCUAAACUUAUUUUGGAGGAUUUAUCUAGUGAAGGUAUUACCUUUUUACUGUUAAAUAAAAUUUUCAGAGUGCUGGCUUGCAAGCAAUUGAUGAAAUAGUUCCCACUCUGCUCCAUGCUUUAGAAGAUGAUGAGACCUCUCAUACAGCUCUUGACGGCCUCAAGCAAAUUCUGAGGUCUCUACCCUUACAAAUGCAAUUAUCAAUAACUCAUGUACUUUAAGCUUUAUAUUGUUUCCUAUGGUUAGAUUUAUCAAUUGUAGGCCCAUGCAGCUUUUCAUAAUCUGUUUCGCAGAAAAUGUUGCUUGUAAAUUGUCUAUCAAAUAGGUUGCAUAUGGAACGCUGUCAAUGUUACUUUGAAUUCGCUUAUAUUUUUUUGUUUUCUUUUUUAAGUUAUUCUUUCCACCUUAAUUGCUUAAGUUUUUCUCUUCAUCACUUCUUCAGUGUGAGGACCGCUGCUGUCUUGCCACAUAUUUUGCCAAAGCUUGUCAAUUCCCCACUUUCGUGAGUAUAUAUCCCUUUCACUACUAGGAAAACUAGGUUCAAAAUCUGUGCUUGUCCUUAUGGAGAUCUCUGCACAGUGCUUUCAACGCCCAUGCUUUAGGAGCCUUGGCAGAGGUUGCGGGACCUGCUCUCAAUUUUCACCUUGGAACAAUGCUUCCACCCCUAGUUAUUGCUAUGGGCGAUGAUGAUAAGGUUUGUCUGUUUUGCAGUACUAUAAUUGCGUUGUGUUCUUCAUAGUGAUUAUGUGGACAAUGUUGUGUUUCCUUAUUUCUGUUGCCAGCGAUCAGUGUAGUAACUUACCUCGUGAGGAUAUGUUUUGCUGCUUUGAUGUUAUGGCGAUAACAAAUUAGUUACGCUGAAACAAGGGUAACUUUAAGUUUUUGUAUUUUGAUCGUAUCCACUUUCUGGGAUAGAAAUUCCAUAAACAAAGCGCCUGUAAAGCUUACAUGUUAGAGAAUCUUUCCAUCAAUAUCUUUGCUAUUAAAUUCAAAAGCUUUUUGGAUCUUACACGUUAUUCUGUUUAAUUUGUUGAUAAAAAAUUCUUUUUCUGAAUCCUAGAAUGUGCAACAUUUGGCAAAGAAGGCUGCUGAAACUGUUGUGCUAGUUAUAGAUGAAGAGGGUAUUUCUUCGCUGAUGUCAGAAUUGCUCAAAGGUGUCUCUGAUAACCAGGUUUUGGUCCUCAAAGCUCCACCAGACUUGCAGAAACUUAUCUUCUUUGUAUGUUCAGAGGUUAACUUGCGCCAUCUCUCUUUGCAGCCUUUGAUGAGGAGAGGUUACGCCUAUCUUAUUGGACACUUCUUCAAGAAUAGCAAAUUAGAUUUGGUUGAUGAGGCUCCAAAUAUGAUCUCCACAUUGAUUCCUUUGUUGAGCGACAGUGAUCAAGCCACUAUUCUGGUACACUUGAAGAAGGUCAUUUCCUCCCAGUCAUUAUCCUUAUUUCGUCUUAACCUUGUAUCUCUUCGCAGGUUUCCUGGGAAGCUUUAGGAAGUGUUAUUGGUUCUGUUCCUAAAGAAGUUCUUCCUUCAUACAUUAAAGUGGUCCGAGAUGCUGUCUCUACAGCAAGAGACAAGGAGCGGAGGAAAAGAAAGGUAUUUCCGUUUGAUAAUUUCAGAGUUUUCCUUUGGCCCAACACACGGUAUUUUUUAUGCAUGUUUAUUGUGCUUAGAAAUUCCGUACCGUUUUUGGAAUAUAUUUUUUAUUUACUAUGUAUUAUGAAGGCUCUUGUUCUGGAAUUCCUUUUUACUUUGCCAAUGAAACUGCAGGGAGGACCUGUUCUAAUACCGGGAUUUUGUCUUCCAAAAGCUCUCCAGCCACUGCUUCCUAUAUUCCUUCAGGUGUGGAUUUGGUUCACUGUCAACGUGUUUGGAUCCUUACUUUUCAAAUGCUGCCUCUGUACAAUACAUUUUAUAAUUUUAUGGUUAAACAAAAGGAAAUAAGUUGCCAUUACGUAUCGUCAGAAUUUGUGGGCAUAUACAAAAUGACUAAUAAUUUUUCAUCCCAAUGGUCAUGCAAUUAUCAUUAUAUGUUGACAUGUGUUUGCUUCACUAUUCAAUUGCUCACAUGGAAUUGUCAAUUUGAUAAUGUUUUAUUUUCAUUGGUCUCACGGCAUAGUUUGCAUAGAUAACAGUAAGUACGUCCAUUUACAGUAACUCGGUCUUCUCAGCUCCUCAAACGUGAUUCUGGUGUUUAAAAUAUUGGUCUGACUUCCACUGGUUAUUGUGUUUUUCGAAAUGCCUAUGCUAAAAUCUUCACAGUUGAAUCAUCUAACCAUUGUUGGUGUAUAUUCGGAAGGGACGCCCAUUUUAUUGACUUGAUUCGCAUAUAAAUUGUCCCAACUAACUUGACAUGCGAGCGAAAUUGUUUUCACAAGUCAUAGCGAUCAUUAUUGGAAGAAGAAAAACAGUUCACCAGCAGUAACAAAGGCUUAAUUUCUGGGUGCCUUCACCAUGGACAAAUGAAAAUUUACCUGCUGCCUGAUGUCUGGUGUAUACAUGUUCUGAGCCAAAUUGAUUUAUAAAUAAGCUUUGCUGAUCUUCAAUCAGAUGAGUUUGCGUUUUCAGCUCAUAGAUUUCCUACUGAGUUUAACUCGAAGAAGAUCAAACCUGAACAAGGUUGAUACGGUUCAACAGAGAACUUGAUAUCUUUUACAUGAAAUAUAAAAAUAACAGAUAUAUAUAUAUACAUAUAUCUCAUUAAUCUCAAGCCUGGCUUGUUUAGCUAGCAUACUUCGUUCUUAAAACUGAGCCCCAACCAUAAACUAGCCGAAUCAAGCUGAGAUAACGCAUGACUACCUCGAGCUGAGUAGUGAGUUUUGUUUAUUUUGCUCAUUGAUGGUUGCAUGGCUGAUACAUGUUUCAAGACGUCUAAUAUUUGAAGAGCAAUUUUUAUUUUUUCUGCGUAGUCCAACUUAUUGUUCUGAAAUGUUCUUUUAAUAGUGGUUAGUUUGAGGAAGUUAUGACCACGAGAUGGGAGUGGUUAUUCGUCUGUCUGAAUAUCAGUAAUGACUGAUGUUUUAUGGUGAUGCGCGUUAUGUUUGUAGGGUAUAAUUAGUGGUUCAGCUGAAACUAGAGAACAAGCCGCACAAGGCCUGGGUGAGUUGAUUGAUGUGACCGGUGAACAGACGCUUAAGCAGUUUGUUGUUCCUAUCACUGGGUACGUGUUCUCCUAUUUUUUGCAAUGGUACAAGAGUUUAGCCUGACUUGAACAAGAUCUUUUGAUGUCACUCCAUGUUCGUGGUAUUUCAGUUGAAUCUGGUCACCAAAGUAACCGAUUUUUAAAUGCAAGUGCUCGUUCUCGCUUAUAAUCUAUUCAUAAAUAUAUUUACUAUCAUAUAUUCGGUUAGUCGAAGCCAAAUUUUGUUGGUUUCCUAUAUCACUAUUUUUUUGUCUGCCUUCCACUGCAAUGAGGCUUCACUUGCUUAAAUAGAUAAAGUGGAGAUCACCUCCAAGCAAGUUUAUCUCUCUGCAUUUUAGAUCGCAGUGACUUGAGAAUAGCUUUGAAAAAUGGGCUUCAAUUAUACUAUUCCUUGCAACCUGUUUCCUUAAACUCUCCCGUAAUCUGCUGAAGCUAAACCAGAUAAGAGAGCUGUGAGUCAGUAAAUGGAGAAAGCACAUGCUAUAUUGUGCUUUAUGUUUCAUUUCGUUUGAUCCAAUGAUUGAGCAGAUCCAUUUGCUCAUCCCCAUAUGCGAGCAAUAACAUAUAGAUAGUUAUAUUUCUGAAAUUACAGCUCAAAAUUUGAUUGUUCAUCAGCGCAGAUCCAUUUUCUCAUCUCCAUAUCUUUUGCAGUACUUUAUUGUUAAUUUUUUGUUUAUAUGUUUUUUGGAUUGUUUUUUCGUUCCUUGGUGUUAUGUCGAGUCUUCACUUUUUCACUUUUUCUUUCUGAUGAUUCUACUAUUGUAUUUCGAUGUUUUGAAAUUAAGAAAUUCAUCACACCGUAUUUUUAUAUUUAAACGUGUGAAGGUGACAUUCCUAGGUGUAAAUAAGUGCCGACCUUUUUUCAAUUUGUGAUUUGAUUGUUUCCACUUACUUUUUCUGUUAAACUUGAAGUCAUGAUACGGAUUAGCUAUUAUUUUUUUGUUGUAUUUAGCCUCAUAUAAAUUUUGGACAUUUUUUCAGUUGUGCAUGAAGUAAAUGGACUUUUAUCCUCAUUCCAUGUCAACCCCGUAUUAUUUUUCGUAGAGAAUGGUUGCUGCUAUGUAACUUCAUUCUUUCUCUUAUCUUGUUGUUUAUUGUUAGGUGUAUUUUUAAACUGUCAACAUUUUAUCUGGUAUGUGGAUCUUUACGUGUUAUCACUAUAUGUGGUGAAUCCACCUGUGCAAAGACCCAUUAUUAAAUCCACAACUACAACUGCUUCAAGCAUUGAUUUAUGUCACAUUUGACUACCGUUUCGUUUCAGAAAGGCGAAUAUAUAAUUCCUCACUCCAGUGAUGUUCUCGAAAAUAAAAUUUAUGUUUACUCCCCUAGACUGGAAGCAAGCUACAAAUCCUCCGUGGGAAAAGAAAUUCUCCUAGUCGACUUGGGCAGCCUUGACUACAUCUUGGAACCUUGGGAUUUUCUCUUGUUCCUUCUUAUUUCGACAAAUUUUCCCUUGGAAGUACUUGAGGUUAAUGGAUUGAAAGCAAACUACCAUUUUGAGAAAUGAUAUCAAAAUUAGGUAAGCUUUUAUGGGCUGCUCUCACAUGAAAUAGUGCAUUUUUUGUAGUCGCAACACUCAGAUUAAUUUCGUAUAUCACAUUCUAUACCUUGUAUCCUCAAAGACCUUGACUAAAUCUUAUUCUAAAAUAGCCCUUUUCUGACGGUCCAGAAUAUUUUGUUCUCCUCGGCAGAUGUGGUCUUUUUUUGGCAAUAAGCCUGGGGAACCACCCAGUUCGUGCAUCUAUUAGGGCUUCAUGAUCAUUUGAGUUCCCAUCCUUAGCAGACUGAACCUAGUGAAUUGUCCUUCUAGGUUCUGUUUAUCUAUAUAUAAAUCUGUUUAAACUGAUCUCCUUGUAUCUUCUCGGAUCUCAAAGGAGACUGACAAGGAAUAUUUAUUAUUCCAAAGAUAAAAGCUUGAUGUUCAGAGAACUCCCUGAGUGUUUCUCUUUAACAGUGAAUCUCUUUCCCUAAGUCUCCAUAAUAGGAUAGGCUUUGUUGAAUAUCCAGCUCAGACUGCCAACUCAAUCCUCUGUUGUGCUACUGCAUGCUGUCUAACGAAUAAAUUCUUACUGCGUCUAUUAUUUUAAUCAUGGUACUACGCGGUAUACAAAUAGAUAGACCAUUGGUUGCCAAGCUGGAGGCUACUUUUCGCCUACCUUCUACCAGCAGAGGGAACCUCUAUGGUCUAUCCCACUAGCUUCUUCCUAAUCUUGCAGUCUAACGUUGCCUUCCGCUGGUUUUAGCCCCAGGGAUUAUUUCGCUUUCCUAGAGGAUCCUAAUAAGUUCAUCGUGAAAAGGGAAAGUAACAAUCUUUGUACGAGCUAUAUUCAAUGUUUCUUCAAUCUUGACAAAUCUCUCUGGCACGAAUACUACUUUAAUCUUCUUCUCCAGACAAAGAAGACGCAACUUUUUAACUCGUGUACCAUUUGAUCCUGGCCCAUAAAAUAGACUUGCACUUGGGAUUUUGGUAUUAUUCUGGAGAAAAAACCUGCAUUGGAAGGUGUUUCCGACUCCUAGGGUUCACUUGGUCUGUGAUCAGGGUGCUCUGUUAUAAUACUAUAUUUUUUAGCUACUAUCACGAUGCUUGUAAUUAAAUACCGCAAUAUUGUACCCAACAAAGACACCACACUGUAUUGAUGAUUUAACUACUAUAGUUUCUAAAUAAUUGUGUUUAGAAAUGGUCAUCCCAAGUAUGUGACAACUGCUUACUCAACGUAUGCUGGAACGUAGACACGAUUUUUUUAUUUAUAAAAAGAUGCUUUAAGUUUGAGUACUGCCAGGAUCUUUUGAAUAAGCACUGGACUUUUCUGAUGUCUCUGAGCUGAAAAAUUGGUGGUUGGUGUCAUUGAUCAAUGCUGUUCCUUGCAGCCCUCUCAUUCGUAUCAUAGGAGAUAGAUUCCCUUGGCAAGUGAAAGAGGCCAUUCUAUCAACCCUAUCCAUCAUCAUCAGCAAGGGUGGAAUAGCGCUGAAACCUUUUCUUCCGCAGCUUCAAACCACAUUCAUUAAAUGCCUUCAGGAUAAUGCAAGGUUCUCUCACCUGUCGGUUACCUCUCAGUCUCCAUUUCGCAGCGUUUGUUUUUUCUCAGUUUUGCUAAUUUUUUAGCUUGUAGGUCGGUUCGAUCAAGUUCAGCACUUGCUCUUGCAAAGCUUAGCGCUCUAAGUACCCGGAUUGACCCGUUGGUCACAGACCUCUUAUCUGCUUUGCAGGUAACUCUUCUGAACAUGCCACAUGGUCAAACGCAUUUUUCCAAAUCUAUCAAUAAAUUCUGAGCGUGAAUGGUGUUCAGGCAUCUGAAGUUGGGGUCCAAGGCGCUGUAUUGGUAGCCCUUAAAGGUGUUAUCAGGCAUGCUGGAAAGAGCGUCAGCAACAGUGUCAAAUCCCGCGCAUGCAGCCUCGUCAAGGAUUUCAUACAACUAGAUGAUGAAGAGCUGCGCAGCUCUGCUGCCAAGGCCCUGGGGGCCAUUUCUAAAGUAUUAUUUAAAUUCAUUUUUUUUUGUUACUAUACCUUUCAAUGAUCUGCAGAAGACCAGUUCUAAAAUAGCAGAGAGAUUCAACCUGUUUUCAUUCUAUUUUUCCCUUUUAGUACUUGGAAGAUCACGAAGUAUCGGACAUGAUGGAAACACUAUCAAGCCUCAGUUCAUCUCCAAACUGGUCGGCCAGGCAUGGUUCUAUGCUCACUCUCGCAUCCAUGUCUUUGAACAACGCGUCGAUGAUGUGCCUGUCAGCCACAUUUCCAUCAGUCAUCAGUCGCCUUAAAGCGGCCUUGAAGGAUGACAAGGUAUGGCGGGGAGACCCACAUCGGCGAAACUACCAUCUUUUUUGUGCAUUAUCUCAUUGAUUGUGGGUUUAUAAGAUGUAAUUCUCGGUGAUCGUCUUGCAGUUUCCCAUUCGAGAAGCUGCCACAAGAGCAUUGGGGAGCCUCCUGCUGCACCUCGUGCAGAAUGAGAGAUCUGCAUCCGUCGCCUCGGAGCUCAUUCAGCUUCUCUCAUCGGCAAUGCAGGAUGAAUCAAGCGAAGUCAGAAGGAGAGCGCUGUCUUGUUUGAAAGGAAUCGCCAAGGUCUGCGCCCUGAUUCCGCUCUAAUUGCCGUUGAGAUCAUUCGGCGGCUGACUCAAGAACACGAUCUCGGUUGACUGGUGAUUGGAAUUGGCAGGUCAAUCCUUCAGCCGUCUUGAACAACCUUACCAUUCUAGGACCACCGCUCGCAGAAUCCUUGAAAGAUGGGAACACCCCUGUUCGCCUUGCAGCUGAGCGCUGUGCCCUGCAUGCCUUCCAACUAGCCAAAGGUACUAAAAAGCUGUCGAACAUUAUUUUACAUAUGAUUGUUUAUUAUCUGCGGUCUAUAAAGAAAAUAAGAUAUUUUUUACUUCACAAACAAAAAAAAGAGGUUUUUGAUGAAAAACCCAGAUGGGCGACUAGUGUCACUAGGGUUCUUACACCUCCGUUGACCAAUGUGGCAGGUUCAGAGAGGAUCCAUGCUGCCCAGAAAUACAUCACUGGCUUGGAGGCCAGGAGGCUGUCGAAGCUCCCUGAAAACAGGUAUCUUUCCGCAUUCGAUUUCAUCUCGGAUGGAAAAAAAAAGGGCGAAAAUAAAAUAAAAUAGGCGGCUGAUUUGACCAGCUCUUGAGCUCUGCCCAGCUCGGGACUUUUGCCCAACCUAGGACACGAUUUGACCAAUAAUCUUCUCACCCUUUUCCUGCAGCGACGACAGCGACGACAGCGAGGAUGAGAAAAUAGGCGGCUGA